CCCUUUUCUCAAAAAGGGACAGCCCAAAAAAAGAUAUGGAAAAACGACAACCCACUUGUUACGCUGUCUUUUUCCAAAAACGAGGUGUUCGAUUAUUCUCGGAGGCGUUUGCGUGCGCGCGCCAGCGCGCGCGAACGAUUUUUGAAUUCUUGCAGUUCGCGCCGCUUCUCUCUCGCACAAGCGCACAAGCUACAUCAGCACACCACGCGUAUCCACACCGCACACACACCACGAGCCACCGCAUACCAUGGAUGUCAUGAAACUAGACAACGUUCAACCUCUCCCGCUGGAGUUCAACGGGUAUGUCGAGGGCACGUUGGAGUUGCUCCUGGGCGGCAAGGGCCUCUCGCAGAUCAAGCUUCUCAAGCACCUCCAGAACGUGUGCAUCGUGUACGCUUGCUUGGCGGUCAAGCGGAACGCCGGGAUCGUCUCCACGGAGGCUAAGUACAAGGCAGCGGCCAAGGGCUACAAGGACAUCGCUGUCCCAGGAUUCUUCAAGUGGCUCAAGGAAAACGGCAUAGUGAUCAAGCAGGCGUGGCUGACGUUCGAGGUCAUGGGCAGAACAAGUCUGAACGGAGCGCCGGUCCUGUUCACCGACGGGAAGAAGUUGUGGAAGCGCUUCGACAAGGUCAUGCGCGAAAUGAAGAAGACGUACAACAAAGUGUGGGACAGGUGUGUAGACUCUUGUGUGGUACUGCUGUAUUGCGUGGUACUGCUGUUUUGCUCCGCAUUAGUGGUUGAGGCUCGAUACAACUUUUGGCCCAAAUAUAUCUGCAGUAGCGUGUUGUGUAUGCUCCCGAAUCAGCGGUAAACUACAAGCCCAACAUCGGAA